AUGGGCAAUCCGAUAAAAGUACCCGAUUCGUCCCUGAUCUUGCCACCUCUUAUGAUCGGCGGGGCAGUGUUUUCCUACCAUUACAACCAAGACGUCUCAAAGGUUCACACAGAGGCAAUCUUGUCACAAGCCAUCUCCUCCGGAGCAAACGCUUUCGAUACUUCCCCCUACUAUGGCGACUCGGAAACCGUGAUGGGCGAAGCACUGCAUAACCUGCGCUCCAAACACCCACGCGAAUCAUACUUCCUAAUCACAAAAUGCGGGCGCAAAUCCUUCGACGUGUUCGAUUACUCGCCCUCGUGGAUCCGGCAGAGCGUAAUGCGGUCGCUACAGCGUCUGCGGACGGAUUAUCUGGACGCAGUGCUUCUUCACGACGCCGAGUUUACUUCAGUCGGAGAAGUGCUAGCUGGUGUAUCCGAGUUUGUGAAGCUGCGGGAGGAAGGCUACGUACGGGCAUUUGGCCUGAGCGGCUAUACCCUGUCAACGCUGCUCUCAUAUGUGCAGGCAGUGAAGGAGCAGCUGGGAGUUAGCACCGAGGUUCUGUUCAGCUACUGCCAUUACAACCUGCAGAAUGACUCGCUUGCUCAGUACGCGCCAAAAUUCCGAGCCUCAGGCGUGGAGUCGAUCAUCAACGGCUCGCCGCUGUCGAUGGGACUUUUGCGUGCGGAACCAGCACCAGAAUGGCAUCCCGCAUCGCCAGGUUUGAAGGCCGCGUGUAUAUCGACGUCGAGGCAUGUUGAGUCCGUCUAUGGACAGAAGUUGGCGGAUGUGGCAUUGAGAUACAGCUUGGGUUUUGAGGGCACGACUUGUGUUGGUUGCAGUACGCUGCAGGAAUUGGAGGCUGCACUGGAGGCGAGAGAUGCUGUUCUUGCGUACAAGAAGAGUGGGAAGGGCGGUGAGGUGGAUGGGAGGAUUUUCGAAGACUUGAGGAGUAUUUUGGUGGGUGACCAUGAGAUGGCAUGGCCUGUACCUCCGCCGGGGUGGGUCAGGAAGGCGCAAUAGCAUCGCAAUGCACGACGUCGUGAUUCCCCGUGUACAAGUAUAGAACUGAAUAUCAAGGCCGACAUAGAGACAUGAAGCACGAC